AUUCAAAGGCUGGAUUCCAUGUCACACACUCAGAAACAGCAGCGGCGCAGUCCCAGAAGAGCAGGGUGUGAUUUCUGACCAGAACUCCUCCCCAGCCCCAGACCUCUUGGGCUUUCAUUUCCUCUAAGAACUUGGCUGCGCAGGACGGCACACUUUGUUUUGCAGCUUUGCAGCCUUUGCUAAUGGUCCCCUUCCCCCUGUGACAAGAUAUCCUCACCGCCUGCUCUGUCCAAAGCCACAGCCCAGUUGCCAGCCAGACUCCCUGGAGUGCUUUUAAUUUGUUUUUAAUUUAAGUUCCCAGAAUUGCUGUCACAGGCAGGGCACAAAUGGGGCUCUGGCCGUUCCGAGGAGGAUUGGGGUCUUUGGUUCACCUCCACAGCUGGUGCCUCUCGCAUGGAGGGCAGAGUAGCCCCCAGCAUGGGAGCUGCAUUUGGAACAUGCUGGCCUAGCUGGGGCCGUACCUGCAGCUUUGCUUAUCACUGGCAUCCUCCUGAGCACCGCAUCAAUUUGCAUCCCUGUGAUGAGUGCUCCUCAGGCUGCCCCAGUCGUGGCGGUCAGAACGUAAUGGCCAGUGAUCCAGAAGAUCUGACAUGCUGCUGUGUCCCAGUGCCUGCUGAAGGCCCCUGAGAUGAAAGGAGAUGUGGCAUGGCAAUAUUCCUGGGUCUGUUUGCACCGAACACAAAUGUGAAGGAGACUCUGCUAGAGAAUGAGUCUGUCUGUGAGGUAUAUGAGUCUCCUGGCACUUUCUUUUCUUUGAGUUAUUGGGUCAAAACUCUUCUGGCUUCUGCCAUUCAUCUAUUUAGAAGAAGGAUGUUCAAAUGCUAUCUGAUCCCAAGGACAAAGAGUGGAUUCCUGUUCUGCAUUUAAAGGAAAAUUCCAACUCUGCCUUCUUUCGGGAUAAUCAGAAGAUGUUUUGAGGAAACAGCUCUAAGGACUUUCCAGAUCUUUGCUGCGGUUGAUUGCUUUCCUCUACAAGGCUAUUUUAUUUCUCAUUUCCUUUGAGCUGAUGUCACACAUUUCCUCUUCUCUAGUGACUCUGCACUCAUGCUGCAGUUGCUCCCAUUCUGGUGUCCUCUCCUUGAGAGCUGCCCUCUGGGAGACCUUUCAGACCGUGGUUGGAGAAUGUAACACUGAGAAGAGGAUUGAGCAGCCUCAGUAAGAUCUCCAUUAGAGCUGAAGAUGGGCAUAUUGCACUGAAUCCCUUUGUGGCAAGAAGAAAAGCUACAGCAGGAAAUCGUGGUUCACACGUAUCCAUUCAACAGCACGAUGUCUGGAGAGGGCAAAGAUGAUGCUGCAGGCAAUGUGUGCCCAAUAGACUCUGAGUUUCGCUACAGCCUCUUCACUGUUUUCUACAGCAUCAUUUUCAUUCUGGGCUUUGUCUCCAACUGCUACGUGCUCUGGAUUUUCAGCCGUAUUUACUCCACCAAGAAGCUCAAUGAAAUCAAGAUAUUUAUGCUGAACCUGACAGUAGCUGACCUGCUGUUCCUGGUUACGAUGCCACUGUGGAUUGUUUACUAUCACCACCACGGGGACUGGAUCAUGCCCAAGUUCCUCUGUAAUGUGGCUGGCUGUUUCUUUUUCGUGAACACCUACGCUUCUGUUGCCUUCCUGAUGGUCAUUACAUACAACCGUUACCAAGCUGUGACGAAUCCCAUUAGAGCAGCUCAGUUUACCACCCAGAGAAGGGGUAUCUUUCUCUCAGCAGCCAUCUGGAUCAUAACAGUGGGCAGUGCUUUGUAUUAUCUUUUUGAUGAUAAUACGAAUGUGGAGAAAAUUGGCUCAAAUAAUUAUACACGUUGCUUUGAGCGCUAUGACUCUACUGGCAAUGUUACACCGGUUCUUGCCAUUCAUGUCAUCAUCUGCACCCUUUUCUACAUCAUUUUCCUAUUUAUCCUAGCUUGGAACAUCAUCAUUAUCAGGACCCUGUUCUCCAAAUCAGGGCAGCAGCGGAAGAACGCUCAUGUAAAGCAAAGGGCGCUCUGGAUGGUCUGCACUGUGCUGGUUGUGUUCAUCAUCAGCUUUGUGCCUCAUCACAUUGUGGACCUGCCCUGGACACUGACUGUUCUGGAGCAAUGGAAGAAGGAAAACUGUCGCUUGCGCCAGCAGCUCAACGAUGCUCACCAGGUGACUUUGUGCCUCCUGAGUAUGAACUGCGUGCUGGACCCAGUCAUCUACUGCUUCCUCACCAAGAAGUUCCAAAAGCACGUAUCACAAAAUCUGAAAAGCAUGAAAGGGAGCCGCAAGUGCUCCAAGCAAACCACAGAUACAGUGAUUGAGGGCACCAUUCACCAGGAGGACGCCAUUGGGUUCUAGGUCAGUCGGUUUUGAUUGCAGAGGCUGAGGUGCUGAAUGAGUCCCUCAUCUUUUCUCAAACGAAGGCACAGAGGGACACGACAGGGCCAGAAUAUUACUUUCCAUUUUUCCUGUAAGACAGAAGAAUGAACACCUGUUUGUGACAGGACAAGAGGCAGUGUGCAUAAACUGGAACACAGGAGGUUUGCCCUGAACAUUAGGGAGAACUUUUUAAUGUGAGGCUGACGGAGCACUGGCACAGGUUGCCCAGGGAAUCUCCUCCUUGGAGAUCUUCAUAAGCCACAUGGAUGUGGUGCUGGGCAAGAGGUGUCCCUUCUGAAGCAGGGGUUGGACCAGAUGGACUCAGAUGUCUCUUCCAACCUCUGUCAUUCUAUGAUUUCUUCUAUCACUCUCAACUGGCAGCACUGAAACUUGUAAAAAUCUGUGAGAAAACCACCUUCUGUCUGUGCUGUGGGCACUGAGAGCAGCUCAGGCAAUCUGCUUUUACUGAGAGAAAUGCAGCGAGUGUCCGCAGUGAGCAAAGUACACUGAAAUUAUACAUGAUGUCAGCCCUGGUAGUACCAUGCCUGGUCCUUUGCCUGCUCAGCUUCCAGGAAAAGUCCAGUAUCAGAGCUGUAAGACUUCUAAACAGCCUGGUGGAACGUGCUGAGCUGCUACCAUAAUCAAGUAACAUUUCUGAGCAGCUGUCCUGAACUGUCUUUGCUCACAGCUUUUGUAUCAGACAAGUCAAUGGACAAAGACAACACAAGGAAGAGAAAUUGGCAGUGCCUCAGCCCCCAUCCCAAAUCAGCUCCCCAGAGGGGGCUGCUGCCUGCCCCCUGGUUUCUUGUAUGAUUGCAGAACUGGAAAGUAAGUGGCCUCUUGCACUCAGAUUUUGGCUGGCUGGUAUUUUUGUGCCUGUGGAGAUCCCACCUCAUUUUGGAUGCUCUGGGUAACAGAAGACUGCUGUCAGCAGGGGCAUUAUUAGGAGAAGACAAAAAACUUUAAAUGCUUCUCUAUCUUUGUUCUUAUUUAUUUAAAUGAGGAUUGUAAAAAGCAACUGUGCGCUGUCCUUCCUCUAGCCUUUUUAUUUCUGCUGUGAAGAAAAGAAGCUGACUGGCACUUGAUAAUCUACCACAAAUGAAGUAUUUCUGAGUAAAUCGGUGAUGCAUAGUGAUGCAGUGCACUUUGCAGAGAUGUAACUAAUGCAAUUGUGAAAGACUUGAGACUCCUCACUCAGGGCUGGCAGCAGCCAGUAGGGCCCUAGGGUAGUUUUCCAGGGGUGCCCAUUUCUGUUACAAGUCAUGAGACAGUUGAGGUUUCUUUUUCUGACUGUAAUUACUCAAUCCAGCACAGGAAAUUGGGCAGGGCAAGGAAGGGAAGCUACUUGUUUUUAACAACCAUUUUUUGGUUCCUCAAACUGCAUGGGAGAGUCUGGGUGGUAAUAUAAGAAAAGUCUAUCUGACAUGGCAAUAUUAUUGAUUUAUACGCGUUGUCAGCAGCCUUUGUAUGCCCACCAGUUAUGAGAAGGUGAAAGAUGAGCUUUCCAAAUAUAGGACCAACAGACCUAUCAGACCUGUCUAUGUUUCAGUGAAGAUGGGUGUCCUUCAGCUGUAUCUCCUGCAGCUCCUCGAGCAGCUUUUGUACUUAUGUGUGUAAAUGAGCAAAGGAACUAAAAUGCUUUUUUCUUUUUAAUGCCACGCCUGAUGGUGAGCUGUGCACUCCUGUACCAGGCAGUGGGCAGAAUGUGAUCACAAGCCAAAUGCGUUCUCUCUUGGUUCUGUGCUCUGCUCCAGUAUGGUCACUCACAAAGAAUACCUGCUGGCAUCAUUUCACAGAGACUUUUCCCUGGUCCCUCGGCCAUGUUCAAAGCUUUGCUCCGUAUCCGCAGUCACACAGUGCAUAGCAAGGAUCACAAUAUUUCAUCGAAAAGCCUGAAUCCUGGGAGCUGGAGGAAUGUGCUUCUGUAUUUUGCCCUCGAGAGACGGCACAUUCUGGUUGGAAAAACUUCUUCUCACCACCCACGUGUCAGUAGAUCUCACUUGCUUCACAGCUGCUAAAGCACUGGACAGAUCGAGUUUGGCAACUCUUGGAGGAAAUGGAAAGGGAUUGUUUUGUGUAGAAAUGUGUAAGUUUAUGGUCUUCUAUAGACUGCUGGGAAACUUGCAGUGGAGUGUACAAUUUGGGUUACUUACUGUUUGCAAAUACACACAGAAGGCAAAUAGUCCACAGAAACCAACUGUAAGGCAAGUGGGAGAUCAACAGAACAAAUGUAAACUUGCUUCUAAGGGAAAGGUUAAACAGUGAAAGAAUUCUGAGCACUCUUCACGAGAUUAUGUUGCAAUAACUAAGUCAGCAAAAAGGCAUUUUAAAAGAAGUUUGACCUUCUACUUCUGUUCCUGGAAUUACUUGUUCUACAGCAGUGUUGCAGGACAGUUUUGAUUUGCAAUGAAAGGAAUCCUCAAAUGUUCUUCUAAAUAAAGCAUGCUUCCCAAACGUGUUGCCUUUAAGAUCUCUUCUCAUCUUUCUGUAUUUACACUUAAAUGCUUUGAUACCACACAAAGUUGAUGUGAUGGCGUAUUCAUGUUCCUUUUGGUGUUUUUGUUUUCUAU